CCACGGUCUCGCCUGUAGAUACAAACGAGGUGGAUGAUAUUUGAGGAUAUUAUUAUUGUCAUUCUUUUGUCUUGUUUUAUUUUUAAAUUUAAUUUAAUUUAAUGUGCUUUGUGAUAAAUUAUAAGUGUUUGAAAUUAGUGCUUGACGAUAUCCGUGGUGCAGUGGAAUUCGCUAGCUGUUUUCAUAACUGAAGCGAGCCUGAAAGCUGAGGAGCACGUGAAAAGCAGCAGAAAUUAAAAAGCGAGCAAUUAACAUUCUGCGCGAUGGACCCCAGUAUUCUCGCAGCCAUGGACAAAGAGGCACUGAAAAAGCAGAUCGAAAAUAUGAAGUACCAAGCGUCCAUGGAACGCUGGCCGCUAUCUAAAAGCAUUGCAGCGAUGCGGGAGUAUGUAGAGGAAAAUGAGAAAAAUGAUCCACUCAUACAUGCUCCAGACAAGAAAAAUAAUCCUUGGGCUGAAAAAGGAAAAUGCAUCAUCAUGUAAUCAUAAAAAAAAAAAAAAUAAGUAAACUUAAAAUAUCACCAAAUUCUAAAAUACAUGAUUCCAUUAAAGGGAUGGGUGAAAGUCUGGUUGAUUAUAUUCAAAGAGUAAAAAUUCGUAAUGCUCAAGAUAUAUCGAUAAUGAGUGCAUAGAGGAUCCAUGAUUUGGACAAAUUAUUUAAUGAUAUGAUACUGCCAGACAAUAUAAACAACAAACUAUUACUCCAUCAAGAAGACAAACCUGUAGCAAUGCCAAACUUAUGUUCUUAAAUGUUUGGUUUUAAUUUUGUUACGUAGUAUUUGUUUCCAAACAAAUAAAUCUAGUCCUUAUAAUUCUAUAACAAUGUAAAGAGAUGUACAUUUUGACUGUGCGCGACGCAAGGAUGUACUUAUGAAUGUUUUGUUAAAAAAGGUUAAAAAUGGUUGUAAAUACGUUAAAUUUUGUAUUUCUAGUAAUAGAAACGUUCGGUCAUGAAUCUAUCGGUAGAAGUAACUGGGAAAGUAAUUAGCGAACGCGAUAAAAAUGUAAUAAAACAGUGUAAAUUAAUCUAAUUGCAACAACGUAUGUUAACAACCUGUAUGAGUUAUUUUGCUUAAGAGAUAUGAUAAUAUAUUUUGCACGUUGAAAGUGAUGCCUUGAAAAUUACCGUAUAAAAUUUAAGAUCUAAGUAUACUUUGUGCGAGGAAGAACCCAUACAAUUCCAUACAAAGUAAAGCAACUUCCUCUUCCAUCUUUUUGUAUGGAGUUGAAGUGGAUUCUUGGCUGAACCAAUCGACUUAUGCUGAAUCAAAUAAAGCCAAGUUGGUUGGUUUGAUGUGAAAUUUUAGGCAGUAUUAAUUAGUUUUUAUUUUACAUAUAAAAUGUUUGCAAGAGAUGAACUUCGCUGUCGAAACCUAGUCUAGACGAUAAAAUGGUAACGUUAAUAUUAAAUGUGAAGAUUCUUUGAGCUCAAGAAUGUUCGUAUUUAAAUAAUGAUAAUUUAAACUAUAGGGUAAAUUGCUAAUCACAACUUAACAUGUAUUUGCUGGAUCAUGGAAUUUGAAUGUUUGUGAAUAAAUUUGGCAAUAAAGGGAACUGAGAUGUGGAAUAUUAGUGGACGGUGUUAAACAUAGUAACAGAAAAGUAUAAACGUAAGGUAACAUAAAAGAUUAAAUGCAACAUAAUCUUGUUCGAAACAAACUUAAUUGUUAAGCUGAAUUAGGAUACUUUUUUAUGAACUCAGGUACAUUCCGCAGUGCCAUUAUCUAGUAAUGCUUCUAUAAAAUAACUCUUAGCGUUCUCUACCUUCUAAUAAUCAUAAUUUUAUCACUAUCCGCUGUAACCCGAAUACUUUCUAGAUUUGUUUCCAAUAGCACAUUCCACAUUUGCAAUGUACUCUUGUUUUUUUUUUCACAAUCUUGGGAUAAAACAUACAUAAUAUAAUAAUUAGAAACUACUAUCAACUACGACUUUAAAUUUAGCACUUGAUUAGCUUAGUAUAAUUCGAAAAUAAAUUGAAAAAAAAAUACCUAAUACUUUCAAAGUUUACUUAUUAACGCAAACUAUCGUAGUUUCCAAAUAAACUUCUUCUAAAUUAUAUCUAAGAUGUCUAGGCUUGAAAUACAAAAACUUUUCUCGUAGUGAAACCAACACAUUUAGAAAUUGUUCGAUGUUCCAAUCAAAUGAUUGUACUCGGGGAAAAUUUUUGUAUGCUCAACCAAGUAGAGCUAUUAAUCUAACAUUCCAUUUAAAAGGAUUGCCUUUAAUCCUGUUUCGAUUAAAAUAGAAAUGUUAAAACUUAUGCACUGUAGAUAAUUAUAGAUUAAAUUAAAAUCUAACUUUAAACUUAAAAUUUCUAAAUCUUAAAAAAAAAAAUAUACCUUCCCCUUUACCAUAUCUAGACAUGAAGUAUGGAAAAUCAUUCUGGCUGUGAAUACUUCCAGUUUAUUUAGAUGCUUCACUCAUUGUCGUUAGUCGGAAGUAAUAUAACAUCACUUACGUAUAAUUAACCAAUGCUAAACACGACAAUAAUUUCUUCUUUAUCGCGCAGGAUCAAAACAAACAUAUUCUCAGCUCUUGGAGACCACAAAACCCUUUCGAAAACAAAGGAACUCUCGUCAAUUUAUUAUACGUACUUUUAUAAUAUUACAUCCUUAGCUACAUUGAAAACUUCAUCUCAUCUAUCUAUAUCUAUUGUAGUAUUAUCGUUUAUCUCAUAUCUUCCUCCACUUCUAAUUUUUUCAUUACGUCUACCCUCUUUAGAAAGUAAAUAGUUAUAUUAAUAGAAUAUAGUUAAUAAUUAGUAGAAUUAUUUAAUAAGAGACAAGAAUCAAAGUUGAUUGUUAAUCUAUAUGAUAAAAUUGCAAUUCAGAGAAUUAACCUUAGAUAUAUAUAAAAUGGAAGGUAAUGGUUUAUUUAAAAUGACUUAGUAAAUAAUAUAAGAUCUCGCAUUUGGGAGUUUCUAGAAUGGCGAAGUUUUUCUCUUAAGCAGAAAAGUUUUAAUCUAAGUUUCGGGCAAUUUUCAAGGCACUCCUUUGUUACCCUUUAAUUUAUUAAGUUUUUCAUUAUAUUCUUUUUUUUUUUAAUAAUUUAUACCAAUUUUAUGCUAAUUUGUAUGGAACCAAAGAUUUCCUUGUCAUACGAGUAUUGUCCUAACUGCAAAGAAUUUAUUUCGUGGAUACAAAAGUUGAAUGAAACAUAGUUUUUAACGUAAUUAAUAUCUAGCGUUUAGAUUAAAAAUCACUGUGUCCCAUUCAACUUUUAUGUUUUAUAUUAAGCUAAGGAUAAACUUGUCAUUUUUAAUGGAUUAAUCCAAAAUUUAAUAACUAGGUAAGGGUGAUAUUGGAAAUGAUUUUUUUAGAAUCAAUAGGUUAAGGUAUCGUAUGUUAUUAUUAAUUAUGUAAUGCAGUAAUCAAUGAAAUAAAUGAAAAUCUGUAA